AUGCCAGACGACAUUCCGAAAUUACCAAGACAACGAGGAAAGAAAAAUCAACCAAAAGACACUGCAUGGAAGCAACAAAACCUACCCGCUCUCCGUCCUCAUUACGACGUGACAUCUGCAAUACCAGUGACUCUUAUUACUGGAGUUGCAACGUUGGCGAUGGGAAUAGCACUGUAUUUUGGGCAUAACGGGUCUCUUGAACAAGAAGUAGUGUAUACAAAUUGCUCAUUAGCAAAUGGGACUCAAAUUGAGCGAAUUAUGAGAACAGAGCUCCGAAAUGAAACAUUUCAGUGCUCAUAUUCGAUAACGCUGGAGCAAGAUUUUACGGGAGAUGUAAAAUUCUACUACGGAUUGAACAAGUUUUAUCAGAACAAUCGUCUAUACUUUAAUUCUCGAAACGAUCAACAAUUACGGGGAAAAAUCAAUGAAAUUGAUGGUUGUGAUCCAUUACAGUAUGUUGAGGACAAAAAUGGUACGAAAAUACCAAUUGCACCAUGUGGAUAUGUUGCUAAUUCGAUGUUUAAUGACACAUUUCAACUAUUCUACAUGAACGGUACGACAAAUGGGACCACGAGGGUCCCAUGGACCACUCGUGGAGUCCUUGGAGACACAGAAAUGAAACGGAAGUUUCGAAAUCCGGUUAGAGCUCAGAAUCAAACACUUUGCGAUGUUUUUCAGGGCACAAUUCAACCGCCAGAUUGGCGUCAGCCAAUCUGCCAAUUGGGCAUGAAUAGUACGGAUCCAGAUGUUGGUUUGGGAUUCGAGAAUAUCGAUUUUAUGGUUUGGAUGAAGGUGGCAGCACUUCCGAAUUUUAGGAAACUGUACAGAAUUUUGAAUCGACAGGUGGAUAUGUUCAGCAAUGGACUGCCCAAAGGCACAUAUCAAUUGGUGAUUAAUUACAAUUACCCAGUUUACAUGUACGAUGGUGACAAAUCAUUUAUAAUAACGUCUGAAAAUUGGGUCGGACCACGGAAUCUGUUCCUUCCAGUCAUCUAUCUGGUCGUCGGCACUUUUCUACUUUUAGUCACAAUUCUUUUUAUUCUAAUUUGGCUGAAACAGCGACUUUCUAGAGUUCAUCCCACCUGA